AAGUGAGAUGAGGCUUAGGUGGCGAGGUCAGCUUAACCUUCAGUUCAAACUUAAACCGCAUUUGUUUCCCCAUCUCCUCUCAUUUUGCCAUUUUCCCUUUUCUUUCUCCGUUUUAUCUGUCUUUCACUUGCCUCCACUCUCCCGUCAAUCUGUUCCCGAGGAUUUGAUUCGUGGAGACAAGCGAUGAAGCCUGCGGAUCUCAUUCUACGUUUCACAACGACGACGACUACAACAAGUGCGUGAAGCAAUUCUGUUAAAGAAGAGGCCCGAAGUUCUUGGAAAAAACGAUUUCAAUAUUUGUUACUUUUUAAUUCUCACGGCGGCGGAGGAAAAUGAGCGCCUCGAGGUUCAUAAAGUGCGUCACUGUCGGCGAUGGCGCCGUCGGAAAGACCUGCUUGCUGAUUUCCUACACCAGCAACACUUUCCCUACGGACUAUGUCCCAACUGUUUUUGACAAUUUCAGUGCAAAUGUCGUUGUGGAUGGCAGCACUGUCAACUUAGGCUUAUGGGAUACCGCUGGUCAAGAGGAUUACAAUAGAUUACGACCACUGAGCUAUCGUGGGGCUGAUGUCUUUAUUCUUGCAUUUUCUCUCAUCAGCAAGGCCAGUUACGAAAAUGUUGCCAAGAAGUGGAUUCCUGAAUUAAAGCAUUAUGCACCUGGUGUUCCUAUAGUUCUUGUCGGAACUAAGCUCGAUCUCCGUGAUGAUCAACAAUUCUUAACAGACCAUCCUAAUGCAUUUCCCAUUUCUGCAGCUCAAGGAGAAGAAUUAAAGAAGCAGAUCGGGGCUCCUGCAUACAUUGAGUGUAGCUCAAAAACACAGCAGAAUGUGAAGGCAAUCUUUGAUGCAGCCAUUAAGGUAGUGCUCCAGCCCGAAUAA